AUGUCAUAUAAAUAAAAGGUGGUAUUAUAUGAUUCGUUAUAGGAUCAAAACUACCUAUAACCUUUGAUGUCAGAGAGGGGAAUUAAUUCCAUAAACAACAUCAGUGUCUUUAUUGUUUCAAACGCAAAAUAGUCCAUUCAGGUUAGCAUAAAAUUGGGUAUAUAACUCUUUAACUGCCUGAGAGUCCAAAAAAUAGUCCGGGCUCGCCGUGGGCUCUUCAUUUGACAAGCUGUAGCCGGUUGAAGAUGAACUCCGUUCACUUACCGGCCCGCGGUGCCUCGCUUUUAAACGUCCCGUGCUGUUCCUGCAUCAACCUUGGAUUCCUACAGACGACGCCGGGUAUUUUGAAGAUAUCACAAUUGUUGAUGGGCGGUAUCUGUCAGACAAUGAUGAUAAACUUUGGAACAGGGCAAUCGACUUUAUUAGGCAUGGCGUAUAUUUCACUCCUAACGACUGUCUCAGCCUCACUUUAUACUACGGUGCUGUUACUGGUGUGCUACUUGCUUUCACGCCCUUCUUUCAGCCUGGUGCGCUCUUCCCUUUUUGAAACUUUGUUCAAUGCAAGUGCAGCUUUAUCGUAUCUGACCUCUUCGGCAUACCUCGCAACGGUUGUCAAUUUAGUGCUCUACCCAAUAUAUGUGAUCACACUUGGAUUUGUGGCUUAUCCUGCCAUGAUUGGAGCAUAUUCUUUAGGUUUUGCUCUGAGUUUCAUUCAUGGACUUGAUGCUUAUCAAUGUUACAAACAGUACAAAGGAUAUGGUUAAAUAAUAUAUAUAUAUAUUAUAAUUUAUGAUAAACAUCAUAAUCUUUUUUUUUAAGAAAAAUAUAAUUAUUUGAAAUUAAUGGUGAUAUUACUUUAAGUUGUUAUAUAAU